ACAGCAGAAAGUGUUGCUGACAGACAGAGGGAAAGAGGUUGGACAUUUCUCAUGCAGGAGACGUGUGAGGCGCGUUCAGAGGUUUCUUGAGUCGCGUGGAAAUGAGAGAGUAAUUAGUUAAUUAGAAAACGGUCGACUAAACUCACCCCUCGAGUACCUGCAUUAGCCAAUCACAGCUCAGACAGCCACAGGGGUGGGGGAGACGGCGUCUGAAGGAGUGAAACACUUGCUUUAGUUGGUUAAGUUGCUAUUAAACACCAAGACCUGGCUGUUAGUCAUCACAUGUGAUGUGAAUACGCGGAUAGAGGACUACAGAAACCAAAUGGACACUCGGAAAGCAUUGCAAUUUAAUAUUUUGUUGUAUCAUUUUAUUUGCUAAUAAUUUAAGCUCUUCAGGGUUCUUCAGAGAAUAUUUUACCAGAACUGUUACAGGUAGGUGAUAGCGAGGGAGUGAGCAAAACUAAGGAGCCUGCUAUCGAAACGCAUACUAAAAGUACAUCCUCUCAUAUAUUUAUCAUUGCUCUGACUUAUUUUGGUUACGAGAGGGUUGCACUGGCAUCCUCAGAGUGACUUUUAUAAAAAACUGAAACAUUUAAACAGAAGAUUGGAGUUGGAGCUGUGCUCUGACGCACAGAACAAGUGUACAUUGGCAGGUCUGACCUUUGAGCAGCUCGCGGCAGUUUUCCUGAUGAGAGUCGGUAUGGAGAAAUCGAAUAAUUUUCGAAUCGAUGCUCUGCUGGCCGACGAGACUCACCGGGCGAACCGAGACCUCUCCCCAGGUCUGAGCAGUGACAGCCCUGCGGGCAGCCCUGUGUCCUGUCGGCGAGCGGACACCCCGUCCCCGCGCAGGACGCCCACCCAUCUUCAAACCGGGAUAAUCCCCAAGCCGGGACUGCUGAACCUCCCUCACACGGGACUCGCCUCGCUACCCCAAAUGUACCCUGCCCCUAUGUACCCAAUGUCGGCUUUGGGUGGACAUCACCCUGCCUUCGCCUACUCCGGCUUCACACACCUUACCCAGUCGUACCCAGACCACCUGAAGGCGGCUGCCAUGGCAGGGUCUCUCCCCCUGGAACACUGGAUCCGUGCUGGAAUGAUGAUACCACGUCUUCCAGACUACAGUUCACCCCAGGCAGGACUCCUGGGGAAGUGUCGUAGGCCCCGGACGGCUUUCACCAGUCAGCAGCUCCUUGAGCUGGAGAACCAAUUUAAACUCAACAAGUACCUGUCCAGACCCAAACGCUUUGAGGUGGCCACCUCUCUCAUGCUGACUGAAACACAGGUGAAGAUCUGGUUCCAGAACCGCCGGAUGAAGUGGAAGCGCAGCCGCAAGGCCAAGGAGCAGGCAUCUGCAUCUGCCCAGUCUGAGGCGGAGCGACUGCGCACCGGGGGAAAACAGACCAAUGGCAAACCAGCUGAGAAUAAACAAGCUUUCACUCAGGAUGACGAGGGAGAGCUAGACCUAGAAGAAGCAGAGGAGGAAGAGGAGGAAGAGGAGGAGACGCCACACGAGUUUGAUGUUACCAUGGGUGGCGCGGUGGGGUUGCAGCGUUCAGCAGACUUUCUGAAGCUCACAGCGGAGCUUGGUUACAACCCCCACAGUCCCUUCUCUGAGGACGACUUAGUGGGGGUGACAGGGGGGGACAGGAAGAUAGGCGCAGGGUUGUGAAAAGACACACCCAGAAAAGAAAACGCCAGAGACACUGCUGCUUGACACUGGCUCUGGGAAAGUGGGGGUCUAUAGUGUAAAAAGAGAAAAAAAUUAUGUGCCAUUUCAAAAGCCUAUGACAGUGUUUUUUGUGUACAUAAUGCUCAACGCAAUGUAAUGUUUCUGUGACCCUGAUGGAGUUGUUUAAGGCAGGGGUUUCCAAACUGUGGGUCGCCCCCCACCCCCAAAAAAAUGUUUUAAAGGAACUCAAUCCGGCUUUAAACUUAUUCUUGAAAGUUGUACUAGUAGAAUGCACACUGUGUCAUUUCUAUAUUGGGUAUUGCAUCAUCAGUUCCUCUUGUCCUGUCAGUCAUUACAUACCUUAGAGAGCUAUUUAUAACUUGUUAGAAAUGUCCAGAUCCACUAGCCCAUGUCUGCUAAUGUUUUUAUUUAUUUUGUUUUUCAGCUCAUAGAUGUUGGAGUCAUGUUUUUGUCACUCAAAUAUCACAUGAAUACACAUUAGGCAUGGCAAAAUGUACAGAAUUGCAGGAAAUAAGCUUUAAACCUGCAAAAUUCUCUCCACCAACAAGAAGGGUGUGAACAGUCUGUCACGAACAGUGCUUGUGCCCAUAGAAAUAGACAUGCCUCGCCCGCAGGGGGGUGUGGGAUGUUCCCCAAUGCUGGAAGGGGUGUUCCCCAAUGCUGGUACCCCUGGUUUAAGGUAUAGGUGUUCUUUAGGUUGGACUCGCAUCUCUAAGGAUGAGGGAAUAUAAAGCAUUUUAUAUUCAUCAUCACAUCAAGUAAGGCUGAAUAAGACACUGAACCCUGUCUCUCUCUGCUGUAUUUUUUCAUGGCAUGCAACUCCAAAAAAAUGUUUUUACACAGGACAUUCAUCGGCUGUAAGACUCCUGUGUUUUUCAUCCAAUUGGACUGAGAAGUACUGUAGCAGCAGUGAAGCAGUGAACACCACUGACCUCUAUUACCUUGUCGUCCAUCUCAGCUAAACUCCGCCCCCUGACAGGCUGACUGACAGAUGUGGCUCCUCCCACCAGCAGUGCUAAAGGAUGUGAUACAACCAAGUUACGUUCAGAACCGUUGGACUGUUGCAAACUGCAACUUACACUGGCAGGAGUGAACAAACCCUGAGCAGUUUGCAUUAGCUGAAAACGAAGGGGAAAGUGUUGCAAAGUGUUGCAGAAUGUUGCGUGAUGUUGUGAAUGUGCCCCCAUGAAUGUCAGACAUCUUGGAUUUACAGACUUUCCAUGAUGUCUCAUAUACUCUAUCUUGUGUGUGCAAUUGAACAUUGUUGUCAUGUAAAUUCAGAUUUCUGUUGUUAUUGUUGUUUGUUUGUUUAUUGUUGUUAUUUAACCACAUUUAAAUGUAUCUAAAUUAUUUGAAUUGACAGGUAAAUGACAGGGAAAAAGUUAAUGUGUUUAUCUGAAACUGGUCUGUGUUGAUGUCAACUGCGUGAAAUAAAAAAACAGAAAUGAAAAUUGUUCAAAUAACUUGAGAAAUGUAGGAUUUAUGCAAAGUUAACUCAUUAAAAUGAGGGAUUGAUUUGUGGAGAA